AUGCAUCUCAAACACCUCUCCAUCCUGGCGGCGCCAUGCAUCGCCGCUGCCUCGUCGAUCCUCUUCUCGGGCGGCACCAUCGUGGCCUUUGACCGCACCUCGGAGAGCCUGAAGGUGAUCCGCAACGGCUCAGUGCUGGUGACGGACGACCGCAUCACCAACAUCGUGGCCGGCGCGCCGACCUUCAAGCUGCGCAACGACACCGAGGUGGUCGACAUCUCGGGCAAGAUCAUCACGCCCGGCUUCGUCGACACGCACAAGCACGGCUGGCAGACGGCCUUCAAGACGCUCGCCAGCAACACGUCGCUGCUCGAGUACUUCUACCGCUACGGCGAGUUCGCGGUCGCGGGGCUGCUGACGGCCGACGACGUGUACGUCGGCCAGCUGGCGGGCAUCUACGAGGCCCUCAACGGCGGCGUCACCACCAUCCUCGACCACGCGCACCACACGUGGUCCAACGCGACCGCCGAGGCCGGCCUGCGGGCGUCCAUCGACUCGGGCGCGCGCGUCUUCUGGGCCUACGCGUUCCACAACAUCCCCGCCGUCAACUAUCUCAUUCCCGAGCAGCUGGCCAACUUCGCCGAUAUCGCGCGCAACGCCUCCUUUGCCAACACGCCGACGUCGCUCGGAAUCGCCUACGACGCCUUCUCGGGCAACAAGAACACGGCCGAGGUGGCCGCCGUGGUGGCCCUCGCGCAGCAGUUCAACGCGUCCGUGCUGACGACACACUCGCUGCAAGGCCCGUGGGGCAACGACAACUCGCCCGAGGACCUGCAGGCCGCAGGGAUCCUCAACACUUCGAUCCCGGUCGUCUUCUCGCACGCGUCGUUCCUGACAGCGGCGGACGCGACGCUGCUGCGCUCGACCAACCAGUUCGUAUCCGUGACGCCCGAGUCCGAGAUGCACUACGGCCACGUGCACCCGCACAGCCACCUGGUGCUGGACCAGGCCGCGCUGGGCGUCGACACGCACUUCACGUAUUCCGGCGACAUCCUCACGCAGGCGCGCCUGUGGCUGCAGAGCGUGCGCCGCACCCUGUACAGCGAGGUGCUGGGCCGCUGGCAGGUGCCGCCGAACAACCCGAUGAGCGCGGCGCAGGCGUUCCUGCUGGCGACACGUCACGGCGGGCUGGCGCUGCGGCGCGACGAUAUUGGCGUUAUUGCCAAGGGCGCGAAAGCGGACCUCGUCGUGUGGGACGGCAAGACGUCGCCGGCGCUGCUGGGGUGGAACGACCCGGUGGCGGCGGUUAUUCUGCACGCGAGCGUGGGCGACAUCGAGCACGUGCUGGUGGACGGGCGGUGGAAGAAGCGCGACGGCAAGAUCGUGGUGCCGGGGUAUGCCAAGGUGCAGCAGCGGUUCUUGGCGAGUGCGAGGCGCAUCCAGAACGAGCUGAUCGCCGCCGACACCGGGUUUUUUGUGGGCGAGGCGCUGACCGUCGACACGCUGAGGCCUUACGACAACGUGACGGGCUAUGGUGAGCUGUUUCUGGACAAGUUUUGA